CCCUCCCCACCUCCGAACUGCCUCAGUUACAAAGCAGAGGGCAGGCUUGCUGAUCAAGACUGGCAGGCACAUUUCAAGGUCCCAUGCUGUGGGGUGGAUCCCUCUCAACUUGAGUCAGAAGAGGCAGAAGUGGAUGUGAGAGAAAGAGACACCCAGAGAGACAGAGAGCCAAAGAGGGCGAGAGAUUUGACUCUAAGAGACUCCUGUCCUGACAACUCCAUGCAGUUCGGAACCAGAACGACUGCGGCUGAACCAGGGUUCAUGGGGACAUGGCAAAACGCUGAUACUAACCUCCUGUUCAGAAUGUCCCAACAGGCCAUCCGCUGCACACUGGUAAACUGCACGUGUGAGUGUUUCCAGCCUGGGAAGAUUAACCUGCGGACGUGUGAUCAGUGUAAACAUGGCUGGGUGGCGCAUGCCUUGGAUAAGCUCAGCACACAGCACCUGUACCACCCCACUCAAGUGGAGAUCGUGCAGUCCAAUGUGGUGUUUGACAUCAGCAGCCUGAUGCUCUACGGGACACAGGCAGUGCCAGUGAGGCUAAAGAUACUGCUGGACCGGCUCUUCAGUGUCCUGAAGCAAGAGGAAGUGCUGCACAUACUGCAUGGCCUGGGCUGGACCCUGCGGGACUAUGUCCGUGGAUACAUCCUUCAGGACGCUGCUGGCAAAGUUCUGGACCGCUGGGCCAUCAUGUCUCGAGAAGAGGAAAUCAUCACCCUUCAGCAGUUUCUGCGAUUUGGAGAAACCAAAUCCAUCGUGGAGCUGAUGGCAAUUCAGGAGAAAGAAGGGCAAGCUGUGGCCGUGCCAUCUUCAAAGACAGACUCGGACAUACGGACUUUCAUUGAAAGCAAUAACCGCACCAGGAGCCCCAGCCUCCUUGCUCACUUAGAGAACAGCAACCCUUCCAGCAUCCAUCAUUUUGAGAACAUACCAAACAGCCUUGCGUUUCUGCUUCCCUUCCAGUAUAUAAACCCCGUCUCAGCCCCGCUGUUAGGGUUGCCUCCCAAUGGGCUGCUGUUAGAGCAGCCUGGACUGAGGUUACGGGAACCCAGCAUUUCAACUCAGAACGAGUACAAUGAGAGCAGUGAGUCGGAAGUAUCCCCCACACCUUAUAAGAGUGACCAGACACCCAAUAGAAAUGCCCUGACGAGCAUCACUAACGUGGAGCCUAAAACUGAGCCAGCUUGUGUCUCCCCUAUUCAGAAUUCUGCCCCAGUCAGUGACCUAAGCAAAACCGAACACCCAAAAAGCUCCUUCCGGAUUCAUCGUAUGAGAAGAAUGGGGUCAGCCUCGAGGAAAGGAAGAGUGUUCUGUAAUGCGUGUGGGAAGACCUUCUAUGACAAAGGUACGCUCAAAAUUCACUACAAUGCUGUCCACCUGAAGAUUAAACAUCGAUGUACCAUUGAAGGUUGCAACAUGGUCUUCAGUUCCCUUCGAAGCCGGAAUCGCCACAGCGCAAAUCCCAACCCCCGCCUUCACAUGCCUAUGCUAAGGAAUAACCGAGACAAAGAUUUGAUUCGGGCUACGUCAGGGGCUGCCACUCCAGUCAUAGCUAGUACAAAAUCAAAUCUCACACUCACAAGCCCUGGCCGGCCCCCAAUGGGUUUUACCACUCCUCCACUUGACCCUGUCUUACAGAACCCUCUCCCUAGCCAGUUGGUAUUUUCUGGGCUAAAGACUGUACAACCAGUUCCUCCUUUUUAUAGAAGUUUACUUACUCCAGGGGAAAUGGUGAGUCCUCCAACCUCCCUCCCAACCAGUCCUAUCAUCCCAACCAGUGGUCCCAUAGAGCAGCACCCUCCUCCACCCUCUGAGCCAAUAGUGCCAGCAGUGAUGAUGGGCACUCAUGAGCCCAGUGCUGACCUGGCACCUAAGAAAAAGCCUAGGAAGUCAAGCAUGCCUGUAAAAAUUGAGAAGGAGAUCAUUGAUACAGCGGACGAGUUCGAUGACGAAGAUGAUGACCCUAAUGAUGGUGGAACUGUGGUCAAUGACAUGAGCCAUGACAAUCAUUGUCAUUCCCAAGAGGAGAUGAGCCCAGGCAUGUCUGUGAAGGACUUCUCUAAGCACAGUAGGACCCGGUGCAUUUCAAGAACUGAAAUAAGAAGGGCUGACAGUAUGACAUCUGAGGACCAGGAGCCUGAGCGGGACUAUGAGAAUGAGUCCGAGUCCUCAGAGCCUAAACUUGGUGAGGAAUCCAUGGAAGGGGAUGAGCACAUCCACAGUGAGGUGAGCGAAAAAGUCCUGAUGAAUAGCGAGAGGCCUGAUGAGAACCACAGUGAGCCGUCUCACCAGGACGUCAUCAAGGUAAAGGAAGAAUUCACAGACCCCACUUACGACAUGUUUUACAUGAGCCAGUAUGGACUGUACAAUGGCGGGGGGGCCAGCAUGGCUGCCUUGCAUGAAAGUUUCGCAUCGUCUCUGAAUUAUGGAAGCCCUCAAAAAUUCUCCCCGGAAGGUGACCUAUGUUCUAGUCCAGACCCCAAAAUCUGUUAUGUGUGCAAGAAGAGCUUCAAAAGCUCCUACAGUGUGAAGCUUCACUACAGGAACGUUCACUUAAAAGAGAUGCACGUCUGUACAGUGGCUGGCUGCAAUGCUGCCUUCCCCUCUCGACGAAGCAGAGACAGACACAGUGCCAACAUAAACCUGCAUCGUAAACUGUUGACCAAAGAACUCGAUGACAUGGGCCUGGACUCAUCGCAGCCCUCCCUCAGCAAGGACCUCCGGGAUGAAUUUUUAAUGAAGAUCUAUGGUGCCCAGCACCCUCUGGGGCUCGAUGUCAGGGAAGAUGCCUCCUCUCCCGCAGGGACAGAAGACUCCCACCUGAAUGGGUAUGGGAGAGGCAUGGCGGAGGACUACAUGGUCCUUGACCUGAGCACCACCUCCAGCCUCCAGUCCAGCAGCAGUAUCCACUCCUCCAGAGAAUCAGAUGCAGGCAGCGACGAGGGGAUUCUUCUCGAUGACAUUGAUGGGGCCAGUGACAGUGGGGAAUCCGCACACAAGGCUGAAGCUCCCACCCUCCCUGGCAGCCUAGGGGCUGAAGUUUCAGGAUCUCUUAUGUUCAGCAGCUUGUCUGGGAGCAAUGGUGGGAUCAUGUGCAACAUUUGCCACAAAAUGUACAGCAACAAGGGGACCCUGAGGGUCCACUACAAAACUGUGCAUCUGCGAGAGAUGCAUAAGUGCAAAGUCCCGGGCUGUAACAUGAUGUUUUCCUCUGUGCGAAGCCGGAAUCGGCACAGUCAGAACCCUAAUCUCCACAAAAACAUUCCCUUCACUUCAAUAGAUUAGUCCCAGAACGUACACUACAAAUGCCAGCUCUCACCAGAUGGCCUACAUGUUUGAACUGCCAUAGCCAGUGUGUGCUUCCAUAGCGGGGCACAUGCGUGUGUGCACAUGUGUGUAGCUCUGUGUCUUCACUUGUGCACCCACAUAUUUCUUUUCUUUAGAUAAAAAUGAUAAACACUAGGUGCUUUUGAAUUUUUUUUUCUUUAUAGUUUUGGGAGAGGGUGGAUCUUUUACUUGGGGUAAAAACGAAAGUACCCCUUUCAACACACACACACAUACACAGGAACACACAUAUGUGUUCAGCUAGCCCCAAUUUUGAUAGAAUAAUUCUUGGUCUUCUCCAAAGAGACAUUUUGUUGUACCUAUGACUGUUGCCUGCAAAAAAUAAAAGGGAAAAAAGAGAAAAGAAACGUAAAGGAACUUCUUAUAGUUGUCUUUUGUGAACUUGAAGGUUUUGAGAGAAUCUUUAAUUAAAGCAUGGCAGAUUUGCCUGUAAAUAUUUAGCCUUGAGAGGCCAAUGAUGUAAACCAGUUGUAUUGAUUGUUGUUUAAGUCUUCUUUAAUUUUGACAGUUACAUCCAGCUGUUAGAUAUGCAGGAAAUAAAUAGUUUGUUGGCUAGUUCUAUUCAUUUUUGUUAGCAUUAAUGCACAUUUCCUUUAUAUAAAAAAAAAAAACAAAAAAAAGCAACCAAAAAAAAAAAAAACCCAUGGUCUUGUUUUUACUACCUGUUAGAUAUAGUGAAUAAGACGUGCUGGCAUGCUUCGCAGCACAGACCUGAGUUUUUAAAACGUCCUGUACUAGUACAUAAGUCCAGCCAUGCACUUUUUUCAUACACUACAGGGGGAUGUGUAAUAUCCAUGCUUCUUCUCGUCUUUAAACUCUCGCCAUACUUCAGUGAGUAUCUUUCCUUUAAAAACAACCCACUUGUAUAAAAAUGUUCUGGUCAGUAAAGGGCACAGAUGCCAAACAAAAAGUAUUAGUGUUAACACAAAACUGCCAACUUUGCACAAGUUUUCAGAAAAGAAAAUAUAAUUAGUCACUCAACAUAACCACAGGCCAACUUUUUGGCCACAGAAAAGCGCUUUAAAAAAAAAAGCAGCGAUUCUUCUGAGUGCAAAGUGUUAUUAGAAUCAGCUUUGUGUCCUUCCUCCAUACAUGUUAAGUGACAUUAACAUGGUGUGAAACAGCCGAGUCACUCCUGUAGAGACAGGAUGCCAUUUCAGGACGCAUUGGCCUGAACUACUCACUAAAGGAGCAGAGCUGAAGACAGUAAGCGUUGAACACUCAUUUCCAAGGCCCUAACCCUUAUCCUUUGAAAAAGAGGAGAAAGCCUGAGCUGGGUCAGUCUGUUGUAUGUCUCAUUUGUCGCAAAUUCUGCAGCAGCAAGGCAAGUCAGGCCUGCCUAACACACAAAAAUGCAAAGCCCUCCACAGCGGCUGUUCUUGGGAGCUCUGAAAACUCACAUGCUGAACUUGAAUUGAGCAGCACUCCUCUCGGAGCGAGCGGCAGAAAGAGAGGGGAAGACAGGAUCUCACUGUGUAGUGUUUUGUGUUUCCCCACACGAAUUUGUCAGAGAGAAAUGAAAGCAAGCCUGCAACCAAGCCAUUGAGAGUGAGAACAAGCGGGGAGGGGGGGAGACUGCUCCAAACCUUUUUGUUUUGUUUUGUUUCUGAAGUUUACACAUAUUGCCUGAGCUGGUUAACCACAUCGGCAGCCCCGGCUACCACAGCAUACUGACUAAAUGAUGGUAUUUACUCAACUUCGUCUGCAGCCAGAACUGCUGGGGUGUGCCUGCAGAGUGGGUUUUGUUGUCUUUUCCUUUUUUUUUUUUCCGGGGAGUGGGUGGGGGAGCAAACACUAGUAUUUUGUCAAACUACAUAAUAGAAAGAGAAUGUAUUUCUUUUCUGCAUUUAAUGGCCUCAAACAUUUCUCCCAACAGUCUAAAACUUAGAAAUACCCUUAGUUUCAAUUUUUCAUAUCAUUUCCAUUUUUUUCAUGUUUUAUAUUUUUUUUCCUGUGCUCACAUCGGCAUUCACUUCCGUUAAAUUCGCCAAAGGAAACUGUUGAUAUGUUUCUGCUAUUAUUCCUGUGCGACUUGUUGUACCUCACAGUAUUUAUUUUUUUUUCCAAAAUUAAGCAUCAUUCAUUGGGGGUUCCUGAUUUUUUGUUUUCGAGAAUUUCUGAGCAGUACACUCAUAGAGAUGAGCUAGGUGUUCCUAAAGCCUUAUGUUUGUCUCCUUCUGAAGAUGCCAUGGGGUCUACUUGGUCCUUCAUGUAUUCCAUCGCGAGGAAAGACCAAACGCAUCUGCAGUAUCAAAGAAACUAUCACACGCAAUGUCUGUUACGUGACAAAUGUUUACGGUAAAAAGCUGAGGAAUUAGUAAUAACUGUUCUGUUUCCUUGUACCUUUGAUUUCCCCAGAGCUUAGUUGCUUUGUUUGGUGUCGUGUUAAACUGAGCAAGCAGAUGUGUUUCUCUCUUUUAUACAAGACUCUGUACAGUGUGUCUGUGAAAGACUGAACUAGAAUAAUGAACAUUUGUUUGCCAUCCUCCUUCGUUCCUCUUAGCGUUCUCUAU